AUGGGGUUAGGUAGUAGUGUGACACUAAAUGUUAAUUAUGAUCGAGCAACUAACUUGUAUUACGCUGGUGAGAAGGUAACCGGUUGGGCUGCAGUGAAUAAUAGUUCUAAAACAUUAAAAUUCAAGUCAAUUUGUUUACAAUUCAUCGGCGAAAUCGAUUAUCGACAGUCGGAUUUCUAUGAGUAUUAUGAUGGGGUUAGUCAACCGUUUCACGGAUACCAUGUUGUGAGGAAUCGAAAGUCAUUUAUCAAUAUUCGUUGUCCCAUCGUUCAUCCGACAGAAAACGAAGAUUUAAUCAAACUCCAUCAUGGUCAACACUCUUGGCCAUUUGAAUUUCGUCUUCCUCAAUUAUUGCCACCAUCUUCAAGUCCUACUAACGUCUCACACCCAUGUAUACGUUAUUACACACGCAUCCUUGUGAAUAAAUCUUGGCGUCAACGAGAUCUCAUGCAGAUGUAUCCCUUGAUCAUUUUUCCAAAUGUGAACAUCUUUCCUCACGAGAUCCGAAGACAACCAUUGCCUCAAAGUUGCGCUCAUCGCGAGAGUUUACAUAUGAAUGUUAGCUUACAGCACCGAGCGAUACUAACAAGUCAACCACUUUCUCUCCAUAUCGAUCUGGAUAAUCCUGAACGUCUUCGAAUCAACAAAUUUCUACUUAAAUUCAUCCAACAUCGGGUGAUUUAUACAGAUCAUCAUAAAGAAAGUCUCUUGGAAAAAGACCUAUUGGGUCUAUUAGAUUUCAGCCAAACGCAUCUGAAUCAAACGUUCCAUUUACAAUUACCAUUCGCACAUUUAUCGCCGACAUUCAAUUGCAAAAUUAAACGUUGGGCUUCAUUGAUUUCAACGAGCGUUUAUUAUGAAAUCAAACUCGAAGCAAAAAUCGAUGGAAUACUCGAUAAUAUCGAUAUCAGUAUGCCAAUCAUAAUCGGAACGGAAUCAUCAGCUGAGCAAGACGAUCAAUCGGCAGACAUACCGAUUAGCUAUAGUGACGCUAUGACAGAACUCGAAUUACCACCUGAUUACCAAUCAGCGAUGAGAAAGCUAGCAUUAGAAUAA